AUGGCGGAGGAGGACGCAGAGAUAGCUCUCUUGCAUCAGCUGCAGGCGGGACAAGAGAGUGUGGCUUGGGAGAAUAGCGGAGCAAAUGGGGUCGAAGAGGCCGAUCUACCUUCAAAUACUGAGCAUAACAACCAAGAAGUCAAAAAAGAAGUUGCUGCAGAUGAUCAAGUUCUUCGUGCUUUAUCUCCUUCAAGCGCUGAUAAUCUUUCUGAUGGUGGCGAAUAUGAUCCAUCUUCUGUUAUACCAAGCCCCGCGAUCGCUGUUACUGCUGGCGAGGCUUCUAGGUCAAGCUCGCAGUCAUCAAUGCGCAAGCGGAAGACAGUCGGGGGUUUCAUAGCGGAUGAAUCGGAUGAGGAUACCGAUACAUCGACACCAGCACAGAAUUCAACCAACCUGCUUCAACCACCUGCAUCUAGCACCCCUAAGCGCACCCCUUCCCCAUUGCAGACAUCCGUCACCCAGCGAGACUUACAAAGUCCUGCGGAGAAUCAAGAUGAUUCGAGGGACGCUGCAAAUUCAGCAAAUAUCCCUUUUGUGAAUCCCAGUUCCGCUGGACUACCCACUGUGCAAGCCCCUGGAACUCAGGUACUUACAUCAGCAGGUCCAGCUGCUCAAGCAGCAGCGUCUGUCCCAAAAGCCCGCCUUCCAAAUGACAAAACAGGUAUACUUGAAGACAGAAUCAAGGAGGAUCCACGAGGGGACUUGGAUGCAUGGUUGUCUCUUAUCAGUGAGCAUCGCAAGCGAAACAAGCUGGACGAUGCUCGAGCAGUCUAUGAGCGGUUCUUUGCAGUCUUUCCUCAAGCGGCGGAAGUAUGGGUCGCAUGGAUCGAAAUGGAGCUGGACAAUGAGAACCGGAGCGCUGCUGAACAAAUAUUCGGCAAGUCAUUAUUGACUGUCCCUAAUGUCCAACUUUGGUCGGUCUAUCUGAAUUAUAUCCGGCGGGUGAACGACCUGACGAACGACGUCACGGGCAACGCACGGGCAACAAUAUCUCAAUCAUAUGAAUUUGUUUUGUCCAAUAUUGGCAUGGAUCGAGAUUCUGGCAAGAUAUGGCAGGAAUACGUACAAUUCAUCCGUAGCGCGCCUGGCCAGAUCGGUGGCAGUAGUUGGCAAGAUCAGCAGAAGAUGGACCAGUUACGAAAAGCAUAUCAGCGUGCCAUUUGUGUUCCUAUGUCCAGCGUGAACAACUUAUGGAAAGACUAUGACCAGUUUGAGAUGGGUCUGAAUAAGAUGACGGGCCGCAAAUUUCUACAAGAGAAAUCUCCAGGGUACAUGUCCGCACGAAGUGCCAAUACUGCGUUGGAGAAUGUCAACCGAGGUUUGAUCAGAACGACUCUGCCCAAGCUGCCCCCCGCGCACGGCUUUGACGGAGAACAUGAGUAUCUUCAGCAGGUUGAAUUGUGGAAGAAAUGGAUAUCAUGGGAGCAAGAAGAUCCCCUCGUUCUGAAAGCUGACGAGAUGGAGGCAUACAAACAGCGCGUUCUAUAUGUGCUCAAGCAAGCGAUUAUGGCGUUGCGUUUCUGGCCCGAGCUAUGGGUCGAUGCAGCAGAAUGGUGCUAUAGCAAUGGGCUAGACAAGGAAGGGGACACGUUUCUGAAUGAUGGCAUCUCUGCAAACCCCGAAAGCUGCCUGCUCGCAUUUAAAAAGGCGGAUCGUCUUGAAACCACCUUGGCUACCGAGGAGGCUGGGAAGAACUCGGCUGAUCAGGGCGCCAUUGUGCGUGGCCCUUACGAUAAACUCCUCGACACUCUCUACGAUUUGAUCAAGCAACUGAAAGUGCGAGAAGCUCGAGAUUUGGCAAAACUCGAAGAAUCCACUGCGCUUGAUGCGUCGAUCAGUGCAAUCAUCAGUAAGGCAGAGGAUGACGAGGAUGACGAGGAUGAAACCGAAAAGGCGGUUAGAGAGGUUGAUAAAGCCAACAAAACGAGGGCAAUUCAACAGGGCUAUGCAAGCCAAGCGCAGCUUCUGUCUCGAACUAUUUCUUUUGCUUGGAUUGCCCUGAUGCGGGCUAUGCGUCGGAUUCAAGGCAAAGGUGCUGUGAAGGAUGCAGUUGGUGGUUCCAGACAAAUCUUUGCAGAUGCCCGUGCUCGUGGCAAGAUUACUAGUGAUGUCUAUGUCGCUAGUGCGUUGAUUGAACACCAUGUCUAUAAGGAUCCCGCUGGCACGAAGAUUUUUGAACGAGGUGCUAAGCUGUUCCCGGAGGAUGAGAUAUUCAUUUUGGAAUAUUUAAAGCACCUGUUAUCAAUUGGUGACACUACAAAUGCUCGUGUCGCCUUUGAGACAGCUGUCAGCCGCCUAAUCCAAAAGCCCCAGCUCGUUUCGAAAGCCAAGCCUUUGUACUCUUAUUUUCACAAAUACGAAUCAAAAUAUGGCGAAUUAUCUCAAAUACGAAAGUUGGAGCAGCGAAUGGCCGAACUGUUCCCCGAUGAUCCAAAGCUUCUACGGUUUGCCUCGCGAUAUAGUGCAGAGGGCUUCGAUCCCACUGCUGUCCGCCCCAUCGUGUCGCCCGCCACCCAAAUGCGGCCGAAAACUGGCCUCAUGCCCUCAAUUGAACAGCAUACUUCGGUGCAGAACAGUCCCCGGCCACAGUUUGUUCAGGAAAACAGCCCCCGACCGCAGUACCAGCCAGCCAUCAAUUCUCCAAAACGCCCCUUUCCCCUAGAGGACCUUGAAGACCUCAAUCGGCCCCGUAAGCUUGCUCGAGGGGAAUCUCCUCUGAAAGGCGCUGCAGGAAGACGGUUGGACCAGCAGAAGCGGCUUCAGCAGCAUGGAACUCCCACCUGGCAAUCGAAUGCACCGCCAUUUGUGGUUCCGCGAGACAUCACAUUCCUUCUCAGCAUCAUCCCACGGGCUGAUCUCUACACAUCCACAAAAUUCAAUGCCGAGGCCAUGGUCCGAUUGCUGAGCCAGACGCAUGUUCCUGACUACAGCACCUGGAAAUCUUUGCGGGACCAGCCCCAACCGCAGCGAUAUGAUGGUAGGCCUUCCACGAGUUACACCGAGCCUCCCCGUCCCCGAGACCAGACUUCAUAUAAUUAUGCCGGUCAAGAUGACAGGCGCACUGCAGACGCUCAUUCUUGGCAAAGCCAAGGCUCUUACGGCGCUUAUGGCAGUGCCCCAGGCCCAGCCGUAACUCACGGAGGUGAUUCCUACUUAAGGCCACCGCCCCAGGGUAUUGCCCCGCAAGGACUUCCUCCUAGACCAGACUCCAGUGGUUCGGGUUAUUAUCAGUCGGGUAUUGGCGGUGCUCCUGGCACUGGUAACUGGCAAACUCAAGGUCCUUUUCUGUCGCCUGCCCAUACUUGGUAUUAUCAAGCUGACCAGUUUGCGCCAGGUUACUCUUACGCUCGGUAA